AUGGCCGAUUUUCUCCUCCAUGAAGGGCCUAUGGGCUAUUCCGUGUUCAAGGUCGUCCACCAGGCUGAUACUGUCGGCAAUCGUCUGAAGGAGGUUCAAGAUAGUGUUCAAGAUCUUGCACGAUUUGGGAAGAUGGUGGACCUCGUCAGUUUCCUUCCAUUCGAGAGCGGAAAGCAAGCGCUUUCAGAGCUGAACGACAUCUCUGAAGGCAUCGCAUCAGACUAUCUCAAAUCCUUCCUCGAACUAAACCUCCCAAAGGCUGGAAAGAAGAACAAAAUUACCUUGGGUGUCUCAGACAAAAUCCUUGCGGCCAGCAUUAAGACAGCAUUCCCCAACAUCGAGUGUGAGACUGGAGACACAAGCGAAGUCGUUCAGGACAUGCUUCGAGGAAUCCGGCUACACUCCGAGAAGCUCCUCAAACAACUCCGCGAAGGUGAUACGAAUACCGCACAGCUUGGUCUAGGCCAUGCGUACUCGCGGGCCAAGGUCAAGUUUUCCGUGCAGAAAAACGACAACCAUAUUAUUCAGGCUAUCGCAAUACUCGACCAGCUAGAUAAAGCGAUCAACACCUUUUCUAUGCGUGUGCGCGAAUGGUAUUCAUGGCACUUCCCAGAGCUCAUCAAGAUCGUCUCAGACAACCACAAGUAUGCCAAGGUAGCACUAUUCGUCAAGGACAAGAAUACCUUAUCCCACAGCAGCCUUCACGACCUAGCUGCAGUAGUAGAUGACGACGAGGAAAUCGCAAAGAGUAUCAUCGAUGCGGCCAAAAUAAGCAUGGGUCAAGAAAUUUCGUCUUCAGAUAUGGAAAAUGUGACCUUGUUUGCGGAACGAGUGGUCAGCCUCGCGAACUACCGAAAGACACUGCACAGCUAUCUCGUCUCUAAGAUGGGCGUGGUUGCGCCCAACUUGGCUGCCCUUAUUGGGGAAAUCGUGGGAGCCCGGUUAAUCUCUCACGCUGGCAGUCUGACCAAUCUGUCAAAAUAUCCCGCUUCUACAGUUCAGAUAUUGGGAGCGGAAAAGGCUCUUUUCAGGGCAUUGAAAACAAAAGGAAACACGCCCAAGUAUGGACUGUUAUACCACUCCUCAUUUAUUGGAAGAGCCGGGCAGAAAAACAAAGGAAGAAUAUCACGAUUUCUCGCAAACAAGUGCUCGAUCGCCUCAAGGAUUGACAACUUCUCCGAAACUCCAUCUACAGUCUUUGGACAAGCACUAAAGAAACAAGUUGAGGAACGUCUAGAAUUUUAUUCCUCAGGGGCACAACCCACCAAGAACGAGGCAGCGAUGAAGGAUGCUAUGGAAAAGGUCCUUGCAGAAAUGGAAAUCGAAUCCCCCACUAAAACAGCCACCGAUCAAAGUGAAACAGCAGCCCAGAAGCCGGACAGCGCAAAGAAGGACAAGAAGAAGGAUAAGAAGGAGAGGAAAGACAAGGCCGUAGACCCAGAAGACACUGGCAAAAAGGAGAAAAAGGAUAAGAAGCGGAAAGUGACCGAGUUGGAUAGUGAGGGCGGCGAGAAGAAAAAGAAGAAAUCAAAAUCCAGGGAUUAG